AUGGUGUCUUCGGAUCUGUUGUUAGCCGUGAAGUGUAUGACAAUAGACACAGACCUCGAUGUCUUGUAUUUGGUUAACGCCGACAAUGAAGUGAUUAGUAUUGAUGUCAACAACUCGUCGUUGACCAAAUGCUGCGAUAUAUGUCUGGACGUCGCCUCAUAUGAAGCCAUUUGUUGUGAGUUUAUGUCCGAAGAGAGGAGUGUUUUCAUAGCCUUAACGACCGGACAUAUCGUUGUCUUCAACACAAUGACCAACACUUACGGAACCGUUGGCUGUCUGUCGGAUGGCAUACAAGCGGUGGCAUUCAGUUUGGAUCAAGAGUUGAUUGUUUUGGUCACACAAAACAAUUCAUUGGUUUUGAUGAACAAAUUGUUUGAUGUGUUGACACAAAAGGAUCUCAACACCGAUGAGUUUGGUUGCCAUGAAUUGGUUUCAGUCAACUGGGGAUCAAAAGCCACACAAUUUCACGGCGAAGGACAGCGAGACUCGCGGACACAGCAACAGACCUUUAAGUCUUACAGCGAUUUUGACGAUAAGAUUUCGCAAAUCAGUUGGCGAUCCGAUGGACUCUAUUUUGUGACCUCUUUUUUCGACCACAAGACAAACUAUCGGAAACUUCAAGUGUGGAGUCGAGACGCCGUUCUUCAGUACACGAGUGAAUGUUUGGAUGGUUUGGAAGCACUGAUCGCAUGGAAACCUUCCGGUGCUCUCAUCGCGAGCUCCCAAUUGUUGCCAAACAAACACAUGAUUGUAUUCGUUGAGAAGAAUGGCCUAAAACACGGCGAGUUUGAGUUACCGUUUACUCCCAAUUCAUUUAAAGUGCAGCACAUCUUGUGGUCAAACGAUUCCCAAAUCCUAUUAAUCAUUGGCUCAGAAACGAGGGAACAAUUGUCGCCGCAGAUUAUGAUGCUUUGGAGACAAACUAAUUAUAAAUGGGAUCUCAAACAGAGAUACGAGUUUAAAGACAAUACCAUUGUUGCUGUUAAUUGGGAUUCAAUAGAUGCGAGUCUUUUGCACGUUAUUCUAAAUAAUGGUCAAUAUAUAAGAUAUCGAUGGAAGUGGUCGACCGAUGACUUGAAAGGAAUGGUAGCAUUGAUUGAUAAAAAUCACUUAAAACUAUCUGACUUUGAGUGUUCAGUGAUUCCGCCGCCUUUCUAUUCGUAUUCAUUGGAUUUUAAGUCACAAAUACUUGAGACGUGUUUCUCGAAGAAUAAGUUAGCGGUUGUUUUGAUUGACGGAACCAUUGCUUUGUUUGAAAAAAGUGCUAAAAAGGAGACAAAUGGUUGGAAUGACUUCUUUGCCAUUACUUUGGAGAACAUGACUAAAGAGAGCGAAGAAGUGUUUAACUGUUUUUAUGCCAAUAAAUGCGAAGACAUCACAAAAUUAACGCAUUUGACUGUCGAUGAAACGGGUCUUCUCUAUGUUAAAGUUUUAGACAUUACAACCGAUACUGACGAUCAUAUAAUAGCGAUGAGUUGUCUGAAAGAUACGAUAGGAGUGAUUGGAAGUAGUGGUCACUUAUUGAAAGCGAACCUAAAGGACAAAGUAGUAGAUUAUUGGACGGAUAGAUGCGAUAAGAAAGUGGUGUUUCCUAAUCGCUGUUCACGACUUGAAUUAAUACAAAUCGAGAACAGAAUCGUUUCCAUCUGUCUAUCAGAAGAUCAUACCCUGUAUUUAGAUAAUGAG